AACCAUCAAUUCCUUUCACACUCUCCUCCUCUUUUGAGUUUCUCUACAACCCAAAAAAUCAUCAUAACCUCCUUCCUUCAUACCCAUUCUUCUCUCUCUCUCUCUCUCAAGUCACAACCAUCACCUAUCUUCCUCUCUCUAUCUCUGCUAUGGAUUCCGGCAACAGUAGUAGCAUGCAAUCAUCAAGCGGCGGUGCUGGUGGGGGAGAUCAAGAAGAGUACGACUCACGCGCCGAUCAAUCAAUCUCUGCUUUAUUCAACAACAACAACAACAACAACAACACAACCACCGUCUCCUCCAACAUCGCCGUUCCAACACAGCUUGACUCUCUUAUAGCUAACUAUUUUAACACUUCUUGGUCAACGGAUAAUCCUCUCUGGUCAACAACGGCUACAAAACCCGCCGAUGAUGGCUGCUCUAGACCAGUUCCACCACCGAUCUUAACAGAACCAGUCUUCUUCACAAACCCACUCCAACAAAAUCUGAGAACAGUUCCAAACACAAACACAACUAGUCCCAUUUGUUCCGUCCCAACCGACAAGAAAAACGGUCUUGCGACAACACGGAAUCCAAAGAAGAGAUCUCGAGUCUCGAGACGAGCGCCUACGACUGUUUUGACCACCGACACAUCCAACUUCAGAGCCAUGGUUCAAGAAUUCACCGGUAAUCCUUCAACUCCUUUCACCGGAUUGUCAUCGUCUUCUCCUUAUCCAAGAUCAAGAUUUGAUCUCUUCGGUUCUUCUUCUUCUUCUUCUUCAUCCUCGCGACCCUUGAAACCGUUUCCUCACAAACUCAUCUCUCCAUCGACGGUAAAUCAUCAUUACCUUCCUCCUUCAGAGUAUCAUCUUCAUCAUCAUCAUCAUCAACAUCAGAAUCUUCUCCUUAAUAUGAACACGCAAAACAUCGCAUACCCUUUUCUCAACAACCAGUCUCCCAACAACAACCCUUUACCGGAUCAGUCCCUUCUAUGUGAAAAGUCGAAACCUUCGAGCUUGAGAACGAGUAAUGGUUUUGGACACGUGGACGUUGGUACAAACUUUGAGGGGCUUCACAACAUUAUCGUCUCGUCGUCAUCGAUGACACAGCCAACCCUAAAUAAUACUAAUAUCCAUGGAUCAGACAAGAAUACUGAAGCCGAGAAUGAUAACGAUCUGUUAAGAUCGAUCAAUGGUGAUGAUCAGUCCAUGGUGCAAAGAUCAUCGGAUGGUUACACAGCACCUGUUGCUUCUGGAUCAGAGAAUACUUUAGCGGCGGUGAGAAAUGAAGGUAUGGUGGAAUUAUCAUGGAUCUCUUCUUCUGAUUAGAUUUAUCUAACUUUUUUACAUUAUGGUCGUAUUUAUUUUAUUACAUACCAUAAUAAAAAAAGUUUUAGAAAUCUUAGCGAAAAACAUAUGAUGAAUAUUGGAAACAUUAAUUAGUGUAUGGAAAGAUUUUGGAAUCAUUUAUCAUGUUCUAAAGCUUCUAUGGUCUCUAUAAUUAACAAUUACUUUUUUACAUAUUCGAACAAUGUUUUUUUUUUUUUCUUAUAAUGUUAUAUAUCGGCUUUAUUCCUUUUAUUGGACUGGAUGUUAUAUAUGUGGAUUUUGAACAUCGGCUCAUAGUGGCAUGAGAUAUUAUCAAUGGCUUCAUAAGUA